ACAAGGCACUUUUGUCAAAAUACUCCCACACUCAUACAAAUUACACAUUACUUACAUGACUACUGAACAAUAAAAGAAACAAAAGGCAAAGGGAAGGUCUUUAAUUCAAAAACUCACAUAAUUUUCAAUUUAUCUCUCUCUCUCUCUCUCUCUCUCUCUUCUUGACCAGCACCUGCAUUUCCCUGUCAAAACUCUAGAUUAUGUUCAAAUCUAGGGUUUUUGUUGUUAUGUCCUGGUUCAAUACUAUUUGAGUUGUUUAGCCCUUUUGGCCUUGGAAACUUUCAAAGCUGCUCCUAAUUCUGCUCUCAACAUUUGUUCACCAAAAUAAGUUGUCUUUUUGGGCUGUGAGACUGAAAUUUCUUGCUUGUUGAGCAUCAUCUUCUUGCUAGGUUUAGUGGGUUUAGUCAAAUUUUGCUAGAUUUUCUUGAUUCUCUCCGUUGAUUUUCUUGCUAGUCAUCUUAGAAACCUUCGAGAAUUCCUUCGUAUCUAUGUUUUGUUUUUUUUAGUUUUUAGGGCUAACAAGGUUUUUCAUUCCCUUUCAUCUUUUCACCUCUCAACUUGAAAAUCUGAAAUUUUGUUGCUGUCUAACAUUUGCACUCUUUAUAGAAAAACCCUUGUAAAACCCUUCUUUUGAAACCCUCACUUGGCUCUGUAGUUUAUUUAAUAUUUUUCACAAAAUUGGGUUAAAUUCAAAAGGGUCUAAAAAAUACGCAAUCUUUAGCAACAAAACAAAGAAGGAAAGAAGGAUAAGUUAUUAUUUCCCCCCUCUGAUCUUGUGCCGUUGUGAUCUUGCUCUAUUUUGCUCAGUAAAUGCAUGGAUGGAAGAGAAGCCAUGUCAUUUUCUAGUGAGUCAUCUCCAUACCAUAUUCAUAGAGGAAGUGGGUUUCUCGGGCCCGGGUAUGGAUCACAACAUGGUGUAUCGCAUCCCCAACCUGGGUUCAGAUCCUUGUCAAAUCCUCAACUUGGAGCUCAAUCAAAUGUCCGGUCUGGCUCAACUGUGCCAGCAUUUUCAAUAGAGCCACCAAAUGUCAAUUUCGGUCAUGGCAUUAACAUGGUUGCAACCUCUGAGGUGCAAGUGGGUGAACCAGUGAAGAAGAAGCGAGGGAGGCCCCGGAAAUACGGCUUGGUUGGGCAGGUUUCUCUUGGAUUGUCUCCCUUGCCAAAUAAGCCUAAGCCAUCUUCAGGGGAGGAUUCUUCCACCCCAAAAAGAAAUAGAGGGCGGCCGCCUGGAAGUGGAAGGAAGCAGCAAUUGGCGACUCUUGGUGAAUGGAUGAACAGUUCUGCUGGAGUAGCUUUUUCUCCGCAUGUGAUCAGCAUUGGAGUUGGAGAGGAUAUUGUUUCAAAACUGUUGUCAUUUUCCCAACAGAGGCCAAGGGCUGUUUGCAUCUUGUCUGGAACUGGUACAGUUUCCUCAGUAACACUCCGUCAGCCAGCAUCUUCUGGGUCCUCUAUCACAUAUGAGGGCCGUUUCGAGAUAUUAUGCCUGUCAGGCUCUUACUUGGUUGCCGAAGAUGGUGGGCCUCGCAAUCGAACUGGAGGUAUAAGUGCUUCUCUUUCUAGUCCUGAUGGCCAUGUCAUUGGUGGUGCAAUUGCAAUUCUUAUUGCUGCUAGCCCAGUUCAGGAAUCUUUAAUUGCUGCAGGUGGUGGCCUGUAGUUUUGUUUAUGGUGUUUCUAAGAAGGAUAAACAAGUAAGCCAUCCCACAAACGAAAAAGACUCCACAUCUUGGCCUGAUGAUAAUUUAGAUAA